UUCAAACAUUGUUUGAAAUUUACAGAACAAUAAUGCUUAUGGGUUGAUGAGAAACAUAGUUUGUCUCUGUGGUGUGUCCUUAUAGGGGCCUCUGCGUGCAUCUCUGAAACGCCACUGUCCUUUCUAAUAGUGUUGACAUUGGAUGCGUCAGGUGAAAUUUCUUCACAAACCUGUUUAAAAUUUACCAACGACAUCAGCAGAAACUCCUCCUCUGAGGAAACAGUAAAAACCGCUAACUGAUCUUUUGUCUCUCUCACUGGUAAAUGACUCCAGCUCUCAGCAACACACAGUUGUACCUCUUUGAAAAGAUCAACAAAGCUUCAGCAUGGUUUCAGGUGGAAGACAGAUUCUGGGGUUGGCCAUGGCCAUCAUCGGCUUUCUGGGGAGCAUCAUAAUCUGCGCUCUCCCCACCUGGAAAGUCACAGCUUUCAUUGGAGCCAACAUUGUCACUGCUCAGGUGAUCUGGGAGGGUUUGUGGAUGAACUGUGUGACCCAGAGUACAGGCCAGAUGCAAUGCAAAGUCUAUGACUCUCUCCUCGCCUUACCCGAGGACCUCCAGGCUUCCAGAGCAUUCGUCAUCAUUGCCGUCAUCACUGGGCUCUUUGGGAUCCUUCUUGGCGUGGUCGGGGGCAAGUGCACCAACUUUGUACAGGACGAAAGGCAAAAGAUCAAAGUGGCCAUCACUUCUGGAGUCAUCUUCAUCCUCGCAGGCCUCAUGGUGCUGAUCCCCGUCUGCUGGACCACCAACACCGUCGUUCGUGAUUUCUACAACCCUGUCUUGGUCGACGCUCAGAGGAGGGAGCUCGGGGCCUCGAUCUACAUUGGCUUCGCAUGCGCAGGGCUGCUGAUCAUGGGUGGGGCUCUCCUCUGCAGCAACUGUCCGCCUAGAGAUGAGAACGACUAUGAUGUGACGUACUCUAAGGCUCGCUCUAUACAGAGCAGCAAGGCCUACGUUUAGAUCUUCAGGCGGAAGCAGAGGAGGGACAGUCUGUUGGAAAGAGAUAUGACAAAGAGUUUGUGAAAGAAAGAUGCAGAAUGGG